AUGAUCGUCGUGACCGCCACCACAACGCUUUUCAUGUCAUUAAUCUGGUUAGGUCAAUCGACGAAUGCGGUUUACUACGACCAUGGUAAGAUUUUCGACGCGACCGUAAUUCCGGUCGUCACAAAAGAAAAUACGUUGAAUAAUCCCGUGGAUCAAAAUGGUGGCAAUUUACCUUUUGAUAUAUCGGUAACCCAGAGCAAAACUACAUUACCCAUUGUAGGCGAUCCGCUAAAAAGUAAUUGGUUCCCGACGAACCAUAAGAAUACAAACGCCGACGGAAGCGAAAAGAACACGAGCAGCACUGCAGCGGUCGACGACAGAAUGUAUCGACUGAUCAAAAAGUACGAAUUAUGAUUUUUUUUUUUUUAUGUAUACUGUCGACAAAGCUUUGCAUAUAUUUUAUUACUUAUACUUCAAACGCACGUAUCAUAAUUUUUGAUAAAAUUUGAUUGUUGUCGACAAUAAUACCAAGUGUUUCUGAAAAUGUAUUGUCCUAUAAAUUGUUUUGUUAGGGUCAUGAUUACACCGUAAAUUACGAAUAUGAUAACAUUACUUAAAUCAAAACCGUAUAUCAAUGUACCUAUUUCAGUUAGGAAAUGACAACAGAAAAAAGAUAAGUAUUAUUUCAAAAAUGUUGUAUUAUAAUAAGUUUUUGAUCAUUCAGUAAAACUGCAAAACCUGAGAUACGCAGUUUUGAGUAUAAGUGACUAUUGUUUUUACUUUGAUGAGUUUUUUUAAGACUGUAAAUACAUUUUCUAAGAAAUCUUGCUCAUUUUUAAUCUAGUAAGUGCUUUUUAGAGGUCGUUUUUUAAUUUUUCGUAUAAAAUGAAAAACUAACAAUUUCUGUGUAAUUUAGAUUGAUUCCUGGGAAGCUUGGCAGCAAGGCAAAUAUAAUAAUAUUCUAUUCAGAAUCGUUUUUUAUUGAUUAUGAUUUAUCGUAAUAUAGAUAUUAAAAAAAUUACUCUAAAAGGCGAUCCAUUAAAGUGGAUAAACUCAUUAUCACUAAAAAUAUUCACUUUUUCAUUUUUUUUUUUAAAUGAAUUAUUUUAUCAUUUUAUUUUACAAGCAACUCUUAAAUGUUACCUGUCCAUUAUUUUCGUAGCCCUUAUUUUCAUGGUUGAAACAAUUUCCUACUUUUGAUUUUCUAUACUAUAAAUUGCAUAAAUUGAUGAAGAAUCAGUUUAAAUACAUUUUGGUAUUCAAAUUUUUAUCUUCUAUCAACCCACUGAUUGGAUAUUACACUAUUAAUUUUGUACUCUACUGUACUUUCCUACUAUAACUCUAUAAUUACUAUAUUGUUUGAAAAAAGUAAAUUCCUUUGAAGAUAAUGAGUGUAUCCGCGUAUAUAGCUCACCUUGUAUACAUUCUUCUUUCCAACAACCCUCCUAAAAUAGUGUCACACCCAUUAGCAGAAUCAGCUUUUUUUUUUGUUAUGAUUCAACGCUAAAUAUUGUCAGGGACAUGCAAGAUACUUUAAAAUGAGAUUUUAGAUAUUUGAUACUAAUUACAUUAAGUACAAUUUCAUAACAAAAGAUAGGUACUUUUCGUAACAGAAACAUUAUACAAGAUACUUGUCGAAAAUACGGCCCAACCCUAAGUAUAGUUUUGGGUUUUCACGUAGGUAUAUUAGUAUAUGCGUAUAAUAUUAUACUAGGCGCAAUAUUAUAUUACGUGAAUUUUGGUUUUUUUGUUUUCCUAAAAUAUUUUACCGUGUAACUAUAAAUAAUAAAGCAUAUAUUUUAUUUUUGUUAUUCAGUGACAGACCAAUUAUUCAUCAUAAGAAAAUAAAUCGCGUUGACGAUCAAAAUUUUAAUACAAAAACGAACGAAUUUGCCGGCAAAGAACACGUCCUGACUGGUUAUCAAAAAAUGUACGAUUUGUCGUACGAUUAUUUAGAUAACCCUGGAUAUAAAGGAUAUUACGAAAGCGCAGCUGAUAAAACCGCAUGGACUACUCCGGCGAAUCGACCCGAACAGGCACGUCCGCUCUCGUCGUGGUCAACUGCAGGUGCAAUAAGUGAAAAUUCGGGUAGUUUGGUUCAUCCUACGUACGAAAACGAAAACACUAAACCUUCUAAACUGUGGAGUAUACCACCCACCAAGUAUCUUUACAAGCUAAUUGAAUAUAAAGAAAAAAAAAUCGACUGGCAUAAAAUCGGUAUGUGGGCACUCAUCAAAAUCGGCCUGUUAAAACUUGUAAAACUUGGUGUUCUAAAAAUUUUACUCAUUAUCUUGUUCAAGUUUAAAUUAUACAUGAAGGCAGUUUUCUUGAAAUUCCUAUUGUUCCUGAAAUUACUACAGACCGUCAAAAUCUCGAUGUUACCAUUAAUCCUUCUGCCACUGUUACCGCAGAUAAUCGCACCGAUAAUAGGAGGUUUGACGCAUCUUCUAACGUCACAAAUCCCGGUACUCCCGUCGAUCCCGGUGCAUCCCGGCAAUGUGUUACCUAUGGUUCUACCGGUUAGUUCUAGGUUUGUAACGCCCAGCGUGAGCUUUUCAGGUGGAACCGCUGGACUUUCGAGCGGCACUGGCUCGUCAGGUGGAACGACCUAUUCGAGUGGAAGUAACCUAUCGGGCGGAACAAGUCUUUCAAACGGAAUUUUUUCUGAUCGUAAUCCCGGGGGAACAGAUCUAACAAAUGGAUCUUUUAAUAUUCCUGGCGAAACCAGUGCUUCUACGGAAGGAUCAACGAUUUCCAUCCGUAUUCCUGCCGGCGGAACGUUCCAGUCGUCGUUUAGACUCGACGAUUUGUAUAAAUAUUUCGUCAGCAAGCUGAAUUACAAGUCAUUAGGUGUUUUUUAUUCCACUUCAACAACAUUCCAAAAUAUAAUGAAUUCGGAAACGUGCGCGGAAAGAAUAGCCUGUCAUAUCGCCGCGGCCGAAAAGACUGGCGUCUUACCUCUCUGGAUCAAUUGGUGAGCCCCAAUAUCUGUUUAAGAGAUCAUGACACUUGUGAAAUUUACUGUCUCAGUCCAAGAUACUAUAACUAUACUAAAAUUACGUUAAAUUAAAUUACAAAAAAAAAAAAAAAUGUAAUUUUCAAUUACGGCAUUAAAGUUUUAAUAUUAGUGUGUAGAAAAAUUGAAUAGGAGAAUAUUACAGAGGGCACCAAGUGGCUUUUUUCUAAAAUAUUGUUAUACAAAAGAGUUACAGCCCUGUUUAUGUUUGUUUUUAUAAAACAGCGCUACCUUUUUUUGUUUUAUAACUUUUAUAAUUUGAAGAAAGAGAACACGUUGAUCUCAAGAACAUCCUCUUUAAAUUUCAUUAUGUGUGUUUAAACUUUAUUGUCAACCAUAAACGCCACAAAAUGUCUGUAAGGGUUACGUAAUUUCUGUGUUUUCUCGUUAGUUUUGAGACCGAGAAAGUAAAUACGCAGUUAUCACGUCUUCUUGAAACACAGAAAAUACAAAUUAUAAUAAUGUUUGCCUUCACUUUUUAAUAAGUAUAUUAAAAUUGUAAAAAAAAAAAUAGAAUAAUAAUUUAUAAUCAACUAAAUUUGUCAUCAAAAAUAAUACCCGAUUUACAUUAAUACAAUAUAGGUAAUGUAAGACGAAAUAUUAUCCUCGUAUUUAUGAGUUUUCAAUAGAAUUAUUUUUCUUUUAUAAAUUAAAUUUUUAUUUGCAACAUGGCGUAAAUGUUAUAUUUUUAGGAUAUUUCGUCAACUGACAGAAUCGAUUCCUAACGAUAAACUCAAGUCUUAUACGAAAACUUACGAAGACAUAAACAGGGAAAUUCAUAUUAUUCCAGCGUCGAAUGCUCCGAGAAAUUGGACGACUUGGUGCUCAGAACGUUACGGAUGUCGUAGUGACGGUGCAUCGAAUCUGCAUGAUACAAAUCAAUAAUAGUUUUUAUUUAAUAUAAUAUUUUUAUAAUAUUUGUAUACAAAUAGCUACCGAUUAAGUAGAUUAUAUUCAAUUAAAGUUUUGAAGUAUUCGAUGUACUUACAUACCCGUAAAUUAAUUUUGUUUUAAAAUCAUUUCUAUAAAAAAAUAAAACAGAAAUAAAUAUCCGUCGAUUAAGUAAUUCGGGAACAUUUGAAGUGAUUAUUAUUCUUGUUGUUUAUAUUACAGCAAAAUCUAUUUUAAUUUAAUUUUCCUAGUAUGUAUUAGAAAAUAUAUUAUUUAAAUAUUAUACGUGUAAUAUCAUAUGUAGUUGCUCGUUGUAGUACUCUGUUCCGACAGUUAAAUUUCUUUUUUAUUAAAUUUCUUUUUUAAAUUUUAUCAAAUUUUAUUGUUAUUAUUUAUUAUUUUUGUAACAUGUGUAGAUAUUAUUAUAAAAAUAAAAAUCCCUGUAAAAUAUUAUAAAACGCGUGAAUUCGGAAAUUCUUGUAAUCCCAAUAAUAAUCAAAAUAAUAGUUAUUUUUAUUAUUAACGAUACUUCGAUACCUGUGAUAAUAGAAUAUUUUUUUUUUCUUAAUUUCUUUAUUACAGAAUUGGUAGUUUAUUUCUUGUGUACUCAAUUUAUCCUUAAUAGAAUUACAUAUUUUUGAAAUUAUCGUAAUUAAUUAUUAUAUUUUAAACGUUUCAGACAUAAUAAUUAUUCUAUUACUGUUUCAUCACGCAUCACUGGUUUUAUCGAAAUUAAAUAUUAUUGCUAUCAAUUUUGUUUCGGUUUCCUAAUUAUUGAUUCAGGGAGGUGGGUACGUAUUGAGAAAAAGAUAAACGCAAUAUUUUACACGAACACGUUAAGUUGCACAAUACAUUUUGCCAAUUGAGUUGUGUUUUCUCUUUUAAACUUAAAUAUAAUAUUAAAAAAAAAAAAUUAAUAUCAAGUAUAAUAUAAAAAGAAAAACAAAAUUAAACUGGCCAAGUUAAGGCCGAACUCGGAGAAAACCAAAAAAGUAAGUGAAAAUAACAGUGUGUCAAUAAUAAUUUCGGAAUAUUUAUACUAUUACAAUUUUACUAACACGACAAAUCAUAAUAAACAAACGAUUUCGAAUUGUCGCUUGGAUGCGAAGUCGUAUUAAAAUAAAAAAAUAAACACGAGACCGAAUCAACAACAAAUUAAAUAACUAUUAUAUAUUAAAUAGGCAAUGUCAAUAAAUGACAACACUAUACACUACCAUAAAUAAGUACUAUAAAUCGAAUAUAUAAUAAAUCCCCGUCGACUGGUAUCGAAAACUCGAUAAACCAGAAAUUUAUCCAAAUGUUAGUUGAGGAUGUUUUGAUAAGAUAAAUGCCUAGUUCCUACCUAUAUAAAAGAUGAGUAAUUAAGACAGAUAAGUAUGUAUCAUAAUACAAUAUUCUAAUUUGUUGAAAAUCAAUACUAUAUCGUUUUUGAACUACCUCUUACUUAACUUGUUCAAAGAUAAUUGAAAUCAAAUGUUUACGAUGCAUGAAACCACGACGAAAUCACGAUAAUAUUCAAUUAAUAUAUAGUUUUAAUAAAAUAAAUCUACAAAAUGUACGAAUAAAUGUAUGACCAAACUGCUGCCUUAAAAGCUUAUGUUACAGAAUUUGGAAAUAAUUUUUUUUUUUUGGACAAUAUUAUCAGUUAGUAUCAAUUUCUGUAUCUAUUUUUAUUAUAUUUAUGUAUAUUAUAUUUUAAAAAACACCUGUAUAGCGUAUCGAGUUUAAAACAUAGAAUUUGAGCCUUAAGUUACAAUAUUUAUAAUGUGUAUAGGUACACGCAGUGCAUACUACGUAUACGAUUGGAAAAACAUGCUUACUGAAAACAAUAGUUAAUGUAAAAUUAUCACUUUUUAUAAUAAUUUUAUCAUAUUAUAAUAAUUUAAUAGUUUUAAAUAUCGUAGCAGUGUGUGCUUGUUGUACCGAAAAACGUUCCGGUACGGUAUUUUACAAUACGGUAUCCCAUAACGAGUACCGGUUCAAUGUGCAAGCUACGGCGGAAUAAUAUAGGUACCGUACAAAUAAAAUGUUGUUUACCGUACCGGUACCGGACCCGUAGGCGCCGACUUUUAGAUUUAAACACGGGUUGAAAUAAAAAAACUACUGUGUAUAGAUAUUAUUUUUAUACAUAUAACAUUAUAAUCCCGGUAUUUUAUCUUUAGCCAUAUUUAGACAAUAAAAUGUGUUUUGAUGAACAUUCCAUGUCAAAACUCAUUAAUUAUAAAUGCCAUAAUAAUAAUCAAAUAAUAUUUUUACACAAAAGCGAAAUAUUAUUUUUACGUUUUACCUUCGUUAUAACUGAAGAACGGGAGCUAUGCCUCCACUAAAAUCAAAGUACGGGGGCAACUGCCCUCGUGGUCACCGUGCAGUUGGCGUGGUGACGAGUCGGUACCUAUGGCCGGUUAGGUUAGGUUUCAUUUUGUCGUUCUUUAUUAUCGUCAUAUAUUUAUGGAAUUUUUAAUACAGGUUGCCAAUUGGAAAUCAAAAGUAGGUAGGUAAUGUUAAACCCACCAAACAAUAAUACGGUCCAGUUCAUUUGGAAAAUUCCCAUUUCAGACCGGUCGCUUCCACCUCUGGCUAUCAUUAAAAAUCAUCUAACCUUAAAUUUAUUAUCUUUUAAAUAGGUACAUUUUGUAAAAAUUUUUUCCGAAUAAAAUGUUUUUCACACAAAAACAUAAUUUUGAUUUGAAUCAGACAAUGAGUCGGUGCUGUGGUAUAACUUUAAAACCUCCUCCUGAGCCGACUGACGUCCUAGCAAAAGUCUAAAAAUGCCUUUACCAAAUCCAGCAAAUUCGUCGAAUACAUUGGCUCAUUUUUUUUUUUUUUUAAUUAAAUAAUGUGUCGGUGCAGCCGCAAAGAUAGCAGCAACUAUAUUUGUGGAUUUCAGAUGUUUAGUGUACUAGAAUAAUCAAAAAAUGCCCUAGCAAAAUGUUGAUACUAGUUAUAUAGUCCUAGUGCCGGUGCCAACUUGACAGACAGACUACUAAAUCCAUCUCGAAAUCAUUUCCUGUUGAAAUCCUAUUCAACACAAAUGUAGUCAACUUUUUCAGACAAACGUGAAAUAAAACCAACACGUUCCUCGCUCCGUUCAUAAUCUAAAAUUCAAUUGAAUCAUUACAGGCGUGUAAUAAUAGUAUUUACAGUUGCGCGUAUUGUCCUAGCUAUUAUUCAAUUUUACAUAACCGUAUUAUAUAUCCACGGAGGAUAAUAUCGUUAUUUAAUUUGAACGUAAUAUCAUUAUAGCUGUAUAAAAAACGGGCAAUGUCAAGUCGGAACAUUUUUAACGGUGCCUAAUUAUCGUUUUAUUAAAUAUAUUAUACACUAUGCCUAUGGGUAUGGGAGGAAAAUAUUCAAGUACUAUGUUCGGGUGGGGCUUAUUAAUAAAGAAUAACGAAUAUUCGAGCCCGUUAACGAAUCAGUAUUCCAUUAUAUUUCAACAAAACAAAACAUCUUUCCAAUACAUCUUUAUGCUUAUUCAAAUAUAUUUAGUAUAGUUUGUUUUUCCGGCUACUUUGGAUCGACCUGUAUACUUUGACCACUAUACGGGGAACGGUGUAACAUACUAUCAAGUUUAUGAUACGUUAAUAUUAUUUAACAGAUUAUUAUGUGAGUAAAAACAAAUUAUUAAAAUACGAUAAUUAAUGGGAUUUGAAUGGAUUUUGCCGGAUUUUCUAAACAAAUUUGAAAUUUGAAAGUUAGUUUUUAAGUUUAAACGAUAAGACUUUUUAAACUAAUCUACUACCCGAUAUCCAUUUAAAAGUAACGGAUACGGCCAUUUUUAUGAACUAAUAUGACGUUUUAGACAGGAAAAUAAGCUAGAGUAAAAUUCAUUCAAUUUAAUUUUGAAAACAUACUUAUUUGAAUUCUUUGACUUCCUGUCUAUAUAUUGUAGGAAACAUUUGUUAGUUGUUUUAUUUUGUUUAUGUAGUUAGAAAACAAGACGAUUUGAUCGUUUUUCUUAAAAAAAAUUAGUACAUAAUAGUCUUACAAAAAAAAUUAUGCAUAUCAUAAAAAUGUAUAUAAAAUCAAAUCAUUUUUUUUAAAUCAGGAAUUGGACUAUUGAAAGUUUAUUCAUUUUACUCCAGUUUGUUGGUCCAAAUAUAUGAACAAACGAAUUGAUUUCAACGUCCUUAAUUACGUACUCGUUGAGUAUAUAAAAUCAUAACGGUUAGACUAAUGGAAUAUUUUUAUUUUAAACACUCGUUUUUUUUUCACGUUGAUAUUUAUUUUAACAAGGAAUACAUUUUAAAUUUCAAAUAAAAAAUGGAAUGAAUAUAAACAAAAAUACUCAGACGUUUGAGUACUAUACUUUUGAAUUUUAACUCAAUGUAUAAAAAUCAAAAAAAAAUUAUAAUGAUUUUCUCGGUGGAGCUUGAAAUAAAAACUUAAACACUUCCAUGGGUAUUAUUGUCUGAGGGAACGCUGAGUGAACGCAACAGCUAUGAUGUAUAAAAGGAGACAUGAAUAGUAAAAAAAUUAUUUGCUGACCCAAUUUUUGCGGGACGAACAAAUACGAGGAAGAUAAAGUUUGUUACCCGAAUAUAUAAUUUUUGCAGGCCUACAGAAAACACUUCGCGACGUCGACCUGCAGCCGGCGUCCGAAGGGUCGUGAAGUUUUUGAUAGUCACCGUGGUAAUAGCAAUCGUAAUGCUCGUUUGCAUUCGGCUGGGUCGGUCGAUGGCCAAAACUAAGUCUUCACCGGACGAAAGGCCUUUCGUAGCGGCUGACGAUCUGAACGCGACAGUCGUAGAACCUAUGGUGCCGAACAGCAGGUCUCUAAACGCCACCGUGGUCCAAACCGACCAAGUUGAACCCAGGAGUGGUGUGCUGCCAAUUUUCCGUCAUCGGGGUACAUCCACGGGCAAAGAAAACAGCUGGCUCAACCAUAAAUAUUUGGUCGGAGACAUAGUGAAUAAAACUGACUCCAUUGCGGACACCGGAAUCCAAAAUAAAAACAAUAUCAACAGGUAUAGAUAACACAAUAUUGUAUUUAGGUUAAAACUCAGCUAUUUUUAUACUUAUACCUAGAAAUAGUGUAAUUCUAAUGACUUCGAUACCCAUCCCGAAAAUUGAGUUUAAAAUGUUAUCAUAAACUUUCAAUUCGUUCAAAAGUCCUCCGAAAAAUCACACAUGUAUACUACUAUACUACUAUCACCAUAUACUAAAAACAUUUUUCGUUUAUUUACAUAUUAUGUAUAGAAGAAAACGGUUGCUUCUCCUGAAAUUUAUUUUUGAAGAUUAAAGUGUUAUAAUAUUUUAUGUUGAAAACAACAAUAAAUCAUUGCAUUCAAAAUACACGAUUCGAUGUGUACGUAGAUGACAUUCGAGAAACGUAGUCAUCUACACUUCGUUUGUAAAAAAUAAUCGUGAUAAAUAAGUGCAUCAAUUUGUUUUUGUAUAGAAAUAGGUGAAUAAUAGGUAUUACUUAAAUUUGAUAAUUUGUAUGCUAAUUCUUCAAUAUCUAAAACUUACUCGGAACUCCAUACUUUGGUUACCUAUUAUUAAAGUAAAAUUUUUGUCGAAUUUGCAAGGAAAACAGAAAAGAUACCACUGCAGUACUGAGUUUGUUUACAUAUUUAUUUUUCCCGAUAUAUUUGGUUACUUUUAGCGGUUCCCUCUGGACCAAAUAAGCUCAAACUCGGAAAUUGGAGUUGUUUUCUAGAUGGUAUGAUGUAAUUAUAGUUGGACUAAAUUUUACCAUGUUAUUGAGGAAGUGAACAGUAUUUUUUUUAACUUCGAACACUCCAACAGUCCUCCAAAUGAAGCAGGAGCAAAUAGCAUUUUGUGUAUACAAGACGUUAAUAUUAUCAUCAAUUUGUUUUGUUGGGUUUCAACUUUCCCCCCCCCCCCCUUAGAAUUAACAUGCUCAAAUUUCACCAUUUGUAUUUAAUUUUUUUUUUUUGACUUUGUAUUAUAUUAAUGAAAGUUAAUAUUACCGAUAUUGUAUUACUAUAAUAUUCGUUGACUUAUUUACAAAAAUUUCGUAUUUCGUUAAUACAAAAUAAUUGCGGGAAAAUUCUAGUGAUGUAGCUCUACUGCUUACGGGUGUUUUUUUUAUUUUGUGAGAAUAUAAAUAACUUUUAUUACUCAUUAUUACUAAUGAAUAAUAAACUAAAACUUCGCUAAAUUUGUUUAUACUUGUUCGAUUUUUGUUAAUAGAAUAUACUGAAAGUUGUUCAAGUUUUCAAUAGUUAUAAUUUUGAUAUUGAAAUCCCGACAGUUAAAAUCCUGAUAAGGUUAAAACCAUGACAGAUAAUAUUACUUAAUUAAUUUUGCACCUUAUAGAAGGUAUACAUUUACAUUAUAUUGUGUCUGACCAUUAGAUGAGAAUACGUAACACUUGAUGAAAUUUUGGCAAAUCUAUUAUCAAAGUAUUUAGACCUUGUUAAGAUUUCAACUUUGGGAUUAUAAAUUUGUCGAGAUUCGGUCUCGGACCCAAAUACAUUAGAUAAUGCAAGUAUCUAUUAAAUUUGAUAAACGAUGAUUAUAUAUGUUAUAAGCAAUUAGUUUAUGUACGAAUACCGGUAAUUUCUAAUAGUUAUUUUUACACAUUAUUAUAAUUAACAUUUUUUUUUUUUUUUAUAGACAGAUAAAUUACGAUGAUAAUUCGUAUUUAGAGACGCAGAAAUGGUCAACUGAAAAAGAUGGAUCGGUUGGCAACCGUGACCAAUACGACUUGGCCUAUAACGCGGCCGGCGACUAUGGCUAUAACUAUAAGCAAACCGAUGCUCCAGUUACGGACGAAAUUCAAGGGUAUGCCAUAGAUCCUGAACCAAACUACCCUGCGCUCGUCUACGGACCCUCUUAUUACAGACCACUAGAAAAUCCAAUCAUUUCGGACUAUCAAACGCCUAGUACCAGUUACUAUCAACCGCCGAGUACCAGUUACUAUCAACCGCCGAGUACCAGUUACUAUCAACCGCCGAGUACCAGUUACUAUCAACCGCCGAAUACGGAUUACCAACCACCGAGCUCGUAUUAUCAAUCACCCGGUACACAGUAUCAACCGCCAAGCUUGCCUUAUCCACCGCCUAGUCCACAAUAUCAGCCACCCGCAAAAAAAACGAUUUUACGUUAUCCAACUCCGCCAAGUCCUCCGCCGAAGUUAGUGAUUCCAGUAACGAAUAAAAACGUAGUCGACUGGAAAAUAAUCUUCGGCAUAUUGACACUCUUUAAAUUUGGACUUAUCAAACUUAAAGCGUUCGGCAUUAUACAAUUGUUAUUAUUUCUAGUGUUCAUACUAAAAGUGUUCUUGGGAAUACUACUCAUCAAAUUUGUAUUGCUUUUGAAAUUAGUGAAAUUUUUGAAAUUCCUACUAAUGCCACAAUUGUUUUUCCUAUUGGGUUUACCAGUGAUUACCUCAAUGCUCUCUCCCAUCGUUCUGACUACGAUGAUGUCGAUUCCGGGACGGAUAAUGAAUAUGUUAAAAGAACCGUCUAAUUCAACCAUGAUGCCGGUCUCCAUGAUGCCAGUGUCUAUGAUACCGUACUCCAUGAUACCAUCAAGAUUUUCUGAAACAAUACCAUCAGUGUCUAGACCAAAUAUCCCGUCAACCAGUUCAUCAACAUCGAGUUUACAGACUCGGCCAGUUGGUGGUAGUUCAGGAUCUGGAGGUGGUUCAAUGAGUUCUUCCUUGUCGUCAACUAUAAGUCGUCCAUCAAUGGGUCCUUCAGCAAACACAGUUACAUUACCCAACGGUACGAGAUAUACAGUACGCCCUGAAGAUUUAAUUCCAAACACGAUGCAAACAGGUCUGCCCGUUAAUAAUCGAAGAGCUCUAAACUUCUCGAAAAUCGACAAUGUAAAUUUACUAUAUAAUCGGUAUAAUGAAUCAUUAUCGAAAAAUUCAAAUACUCUGGAUAUCGUUCAUGAUGUUUUAAAUUCAGACAAAUGUCUAGAAAGAAUUGCUUGCCGAUUGGCCGUGUCAGAAAAACCCGGCGUCACGCCUCCGUGGAUCAAUUGGUGAGUCGCACAAGUUGAUUAAUCCUCAUUGAAUUAUCCUUCUUUAAAACGAUGUGACAUUCCGAUAGCAAAAACAAAAUCUCAUUUUUAGAAUUCCUUCAUAAUAAACGAAAUUAAAACAUUUUUUUUUUUUAAAUUCAUAUAUUAUUAUUAUACAUGUUUUUAAAUUUUUAUUCGUUAAUACUCUUGAAAUCAAGAACGAUAAUAUUUGGUUAGAAGGACUGCAAAAAAAAUUGCAGUGGGUAGCCAUGAAUUAAGCGUAUGUAUAGGUGACGGACUCAUAUGCCAGACACAAUAGCCGGUCAAUGAAGUGAUUUCAACCAUAGUUAGAGAUAUGUAAGAGUACGACAAAGGUAGCAAUGAAUUGGUUAAGAUGUUUGGAAUUCGAAAACUUAAUACAGGAUAUUUAUAUAUUUUUAGUUAUAAACGGGCUUGCGCCCAAUACUACAAAUUAAAUGAGUGAGAAUAAUAAUUACAAAUAGUAAUACAAAGAUAUUGUAACAAUUGCAGCUUAAAAUAUACAACUCAAUGUUAAUUCAAUUUAUACAUAAAUAGGGGGUGAGGGAAUCGGAAUUCUUGAGAUACAUACAUUGACGCAAGAGCUAAUUAUGCCCAUAAUUUGUAACAGUUGUAUGAACAUGAAAAAGAACAAGUUGGUGUGAAGGGUGAGGUGGAUAUUAGGAGAAUGGGCGCAUUAUGCAUAUAAUAUGUAUUAUCAAUAACUGUCUAGACAAAUUUUAAAUUGCCAUCAACUCUUUUGUUCGCUAGAAUAGCUAAACCUAAUAAUUAAUGCAUAUAUAGGACAGUAGCGUAAUCUUAAAAUGGGUGGUUAAUAUUGAGAACAUGACUUGCUAAGGAGACGAAAUGCCAUUGAAUACACUUUAGAAUUAAAGAGUUGGAUUACUAUAUUAUUGAAAUUAUUUUUAUUAUUUUUUUAGGAUACUUAAAAGCGUGUCAAAUACUAUCAACAGUGAAAAUCUCAAAUCGUAUUCCAAAACUUACAACGAUGUAAAAAAUACAGUUCUCCAAACCAACUCAUCAGCUCCCGAUAAUAAUAACUGGUCAACUUGGUGUUCGGAACGGUAUAGCUGCAGUUUUAAUAAUACAGUAAAGAAUUCAAUGGAGACAAUAGUCAAUAGUUAUUAAUAUUAUUGUUUCUAUUUUCAAAACGGAUUUUAAAUUGUAGCGUCCCAAACGAACGUAACAUUAAAAUAAUAUCCCAAACAAAUAAACGUAACAUAAAUUGUUUAUAAACUAAAUUAUUUGUAAAUAACUUGUUUAAAAUUAUGUAAUAAAAAUAUUGUAUUAAAUAUUUUCUAAAUUUUAUUAUUUUUAUUAACUCAAUUAUAAUGUAACAGAAAAAAAAAUAACUUGUUCCUCAACUUUAAACAUUUUAACUAGUUAUUACUGCUCAGCUUUGAUAGAGUUUAGUAUGGCCGAUUCAUAACAAAAUUGUAUAGUUAAAUUAAUAAUCUCGAUAAUUCUUUCUAUGUGUUAUUUAAAAAACGAGUAAUUCUCACAGUUUUGCAUGCAUAUAUUUUAAAUCGCGGGUUUCCCUCUUCUAAGUAACGAAUGUUAAAUAUUGAAUUCAAAUUGUAUAGUUCGUUGACAUAAUAUUUUAGUAUGCUUACCCACCUAAACUGGAAUAUCUGAAUAACGUAAAUCAAUUACUAAUAUAAUCUUGGGUACUCUAUAGACACUUUAAAUUCGUGUAAUGCAUACCAAAUAUUGUAAGUAUUCUCUUGCUAACUUUUUGAAUAGGAUUUAAAAUUGAAUUAAACCCGUCUACCAACUCAUAAAUUAAUGCAGUGAUUUUCCACAACAAGUUAAAAGGAAUUUAUGAUUCGCGGAACGGACUAUCGUAUAUAGUAAAACGAGUUGAACGAACCAAACUCGACAUUACUGCGAUAUCAUUUAAGUGUUGAAUUUAAAAUUAAAUGCAUUUUAUUAAUUAUGUAACAAUGUAAUAUUUUUUUUUUUAAUUUACAUUUAAGAUUGUUUUUUAUAUUAAAUGUUAUAAUUGUUUUAUUAUUAAAAAACAAUGUCUAAAAACCGUACGCAAUAGUAUCGAUACUGACAAUAAAGGAAGAAGCAGAGGCGGACUGAGAGUACUUCGGUCCAAAUGAAGAAGAUUUAAGCGACCCUCACGUUUUUUUUUGCGUAUGUUCAACAAAUUUAAAGCUUGCUACGCUCGCUUAUGGAAAAUUUAUAAAGGCCUUUACAUAUAUUGUCUUUUUUUUACAUCAAAUACAAUAUUGUAGCACACAAAAUAAUCAAAUAUAUUAUACUACCACAAAAAAGUGAAUGGCAUAUUUUCACAUUAAUAGUCAUAACAAUGAUAUAAUAGGGGACAAAUUAUUACUGAUAAAUGACCCCAACUGUUUUUCAGGGAUAACUCAAGAAGGGAUGAUUUACAAAUUGUGGAUUUUCGCUUAUAAACACUAAAAAAUAAUGUAAAAUAUUUUGGUCAAAAGUUAAGAAAUGACAGAAAUAAAUUUUAGUGAAGACCUUAAAAUAGGGUAACUUAGAUAAUAUGUGUGCUAACUUUGAUAAUAGAUAUUAUUUUAUUAAAACAUUGUUAAAAACAGUUAAUAUCGUAUAUGAAUUGACGUUUUAGGCUAAAUAUCAAAAAUUGGAUUUUGAUAAACCGUUCUUAUUUAUAUAUGUUUGUAAUCUGUUAAAACUGUUAUUAAACGUGCUUACAAUAUCAUUAAAAUUGUAAGCAUGUAAAAUUGAAAUAGCCCAAAAACUAAGCCAGACAAUUUUUUUUUUUUUUUUUUGCAAUUUUGAUAGUUUUACCGCCAUAUAAUAUAAUGAUAUAAUGAAAAAAAUAAUGGUUAUAAAAGUUACUCUACAAUAGGUGAAACAUUAAUAACUACAUUAAAUAAUACAAAAGUAUUAGAUAAAACGGCUGGACUUACAAAUUUCAAAUUUUCGCUUACAAAUACUUACAAAUGACUUACAAAGUUAUUAGCCUGGGGACGGGUGCAGUCAGUGUUGUAAGUGAAUAGUGAAGAAGAUGAGGUACAUAAAUUUAUUUAAUUUAUACUUUUAGCCAACGAUAAACCAUUGAUAAAGAAAAACGAUUCGAAGAGAAGUUCUGUUAUACAUGUUUUGAAAAACUGUAAUAUUUACGAUUUUUGUCAAAAUUUUGUGAAAAACAAAAAAAAUAUUUCAAAACAAUCAAUUUUUUUUUAUAUUACACUAAGUUCAACUUAUAAUGAACCUCGUGUUAAAUGUUCAAGCAUCACUUCUGUUUAGUCUGACGAUCUAUCUACAGAGUACCUACCAAAUAAAAAUUACGUAAAAAACUCGCAAAAUAAAACGUCUAUAAAUAUUAUGAUUUAUUGAACUUGUAAACAAAAUGCAAAAAAGUGUGCUAAUACCAAUAUGUAUAAUGUAACCCAAAGGUAAAAUAUCAACAGUUAAACCAAAAAUCGAUAUUAUGAAGAACUUUUCGAUUUAUAAUAAUAACUGUAAUAAUUUAUUAUUUAAUAUCAUUUGAGCAUUUGGGUAAAAAAAUGUACCUUUAUUUGUUGUUAGCAUUUCGGGAGUGGCGAAAAGUUGCAUGAAGAAGACACGUGAGUUAAACAAGUUGUAAUCAGUAGACAAUCAGCAUACCAGAUAUCUUAAAAUAAUCAAAAUUAUAAAUUUAUCUAAACGGAAAUCAUCAAAAGAAAUUUUUCAUUCGUUUCGUUCAACAACAUUUAUAAUAAUAAACCCGAUCACGUUUAUUUUAUAUAGGUGAGGACCGACUUUGUUGACUUUUGAAAUAGAAAUUUUGACACAGUUAUUAUUUUAAAAUCUCAUAUAAUAAUAUAAAUCUUUAUUAAUGUUCUUAAAAAAACUAUUCGCAUAAACCGGCAGCGUUGGUCAAAAUUGUCUUUCAAUUUGGAAAGCGAAAAGUUGCUUGCAUUUUGGAUGAAUUUCUAAAAAAUAUUACCAUAAACUUCAUUGAAACUAAAAAAAUCAAGACAUUUUUCUAUUUUCAUCAUAUCAUUUUCACAACGAAGUUCAGCAUGUGUACUGAAAAAUGAACACACAACACACUAGUCACACUACAUGGCUCAAAAACUAUGAUUUUUGUGAAUUAUUUUGUUAAAAAUAAUUUUGUCUAGGUUUAAAAUAAAGUUAAUCUUUUGUGGAAGUACAUAACAAAUUUUAACAUUUUUUUUUUAAUUAAGAACGUAGGUAGAUUAAGCUCUGUCUUAUAAAUCGCAUGGCUGAAGCCCGGAGCGUUCCUGCAAUACGAGUUUUAAUUUAUAAAUAAUGUUCCGUUCGAUUAAAAUGUGGAAUACUAUAAGAGGGAGUUUUCGUACGUAGGUACCUAUUUAUUAAUAAUGUAUUAUAGUUGUGAUGCAAUAUUAUAACAUUAUUAAUAUUGAAAUUGAAAUUGAAAACCGAUUUGAACCAUGAGUUCAUUUUAUAACUGUAGAUAUUUUAUAAAUCAGAUAGAAAAAUAUGUAUAUAUAUAUGUAUUUACAUAUUAUAUAUCUUAUAUAUCUGAUAAAAUAACAGUAGAUAAAUAUUUUACAUUUCGUUGCGAACCAUUACGAACGGUUUAUUACAUUUAUGUGUGUAUUAUAGCCAUUAUAUAGCUAAGUAGUGAGUAUCGUUUUUAGCUAUGAAAAAUUUUCGUGCAUUAGCUAUGUCGAUAAUCACAGAAAGAUAUACAGGCACUUUAUUGUAAGUAGGGGGGAUUAUUAAAGUUCAACACAUUUUUAUCCGUUCGCGUGUCAGUAGUACAGCACACCAAGUACAUAAACCAUCUUGAGUAUAUAGGUAUUAUUUCAUAAAGACUUAUGGGUUUUUCGAGUAUUUUAUAAUAUUAUUUUCUCGGCAAAAUAAUACAUCGAAUCGUCCACAGAACAUAAUAGUAUUAUACCGCAUUGAAACUCGAACUAUGUGAGUACAAAAUAAACCUACUUCACUUACAUUAGGUACUGAUGGCCAUUUAUAAACACACACAAAUAAAUUAACAUGUAACAUUUAUGUACAUUUCUUUUUAUUGUGUUAAAUUUAACACAAUAAUAAUUUGGUCAUAACCGAAGAUAGCAACAAGUUACUAUAUUGAUAACUUUUAAAUAAACGAACUUAAAAAAAAAAUAAUAAUAGAAAAUAACAUCUUAACUUUUUUUGAUAAGUUAUUUUAACUUGGCUUUGUUAUUCGGAUGUAAAUUAUUUUUAAAAAUCAUUUACGAAUUUUCGUAUAAAAUCUAUACUUACAUUUAUCAUCUACCAUUAAUAUUGACAAAAAUUACGUAUUAGUAAGUUUAUAUCUCAUUAUCAUAUAGUUAGACUAAAAUAGUCCACACACGUGUAAAUGUAAGAAAUAUAAACGUACAAAAUACUUUUGUGAGUGCAGUUAAUGAUAAUUAUUUUAAAAAAGAGUACCUUUUAACUUAACGUGAUUUAAAUUUAAAUUUUUCUGAAAAUAUGUAACUUAACUUAGUAAUUCUAAUUUAAAUUUUAAAAUAAAGUUUAACUUAGCUAAGAUAUUUUUUUCAUAUAAUUUUAACUUAAACUAGGUAAACAAACUCGAUUAACUUAUCCGGUUUUGAUCUUAACUUUAAUAAUAUCAUAAUUAUUAUUAUUAUAUAAUAUAAUCAUUCUAUUAAGGUGAGAUAGUAUUAAUUUUAGCAUAAGUAAAUCUCAAUGCCUUUUUGUUAUGGAUAAAUGUAGAUUUAAAAGAAUCUUUGUUAAAAUUUAAAUUCAAAGUUUUUAUUUUUUUAUUUACAUUGAAUAUUGUAAAUUUGUUAUAGUAUAGUUACUUAGUGGAGUAUUAGUUAUAAAAUUGUGUUACCAUUUUUUCAAUUAUACCGAUGUUUACUCUCAAUAAAAAAAAAUGUUUAAACGUAAUCUCUUUUAAGUAUCUUUUUUGUCAAAACUAUAUAUACCUACUGUAUCGAGAAAUUUUAUGGGACUUCUAAACUUAUUAACUCACAAACACACGUUUACUCGUGCAUUUAAUAAUUUAUACAAAAAACUAAAAACUUAAUAAGCGUUAUUGAAAAAUAGAUAAGUGUUUCACUUGAAAAAAAAUAUACAAUUUGUUAUAAUAUUGCGUUUAACUAUCAGUACCAAUCUCUGUAUUAUUAGUUUUAUCAAACCUUAAUUGAUAUUAUUUAAAUAAUUUUCCAAAUUAGAGCAGUACGCUGUAUAGUGUAAUCGAUUGUUAAAAUAUGACAAAUAGGUACAUUUCAGUAUAUAUUACAUAAAUUUCAAUACAAUUUUGUGUUCUUACUGACAAAAAAUCAAACCUAAUUUAAACCCUAAAUUUCGAAAACAAUAACUGUAUAAUGGAUUACUGUGUGUACCGAAUACAAUGCGAUUAUCACUCCAGAGCUUUUGGAUUUAAUUCAUCGCGAUGCAAAACACGUCGGAUGAUAUUCAUUAGUAACAUUCAACCCGAUGUAAAUGAAGUGCUAUAUUUUAUUGUGUACGAUUUUCGAGAACGCAAAAUCUAUAGGUUAUUGUUUACGAGAUGAUCGAUUGUUAUCAUUCUAUUAUUAUAAUUAAUGAUUUCGAAUUUACAAUAUUGUUGAACAAUUACGAUUUAAAUGCGCUUCGGUUAGGUUUUCCUUUAUCACUAAAAAUGCAUAAAGAGUACCAUUAUACAAAUAACAAUAUUAUAUUAUAUAUAAUAGUGGAUUGGAUUAAUUAUCCGGAAAAUAAAAAUAUAAACUACGUAAUAUUUGAUCAAAGUAGAAUAUUAAAUGGACGAUUUUCAAAAUAUUCAAUACUAGGCCAAGAAUUAUAUACCUAUGUAGGUAACACGUCAAUAAACAAAAAAUAUUCACCCUGUCGAAAACAUUAAAUUAAAAAAUUGUAAUGUUUUUCAUAAAUAUACUUAAAAUUGUUUUUUUUUUUUUUAUGUAGGCCAGAAAACGAAAGUGGAAAAAAACCCACCAAAUGUGUUACUCGAGUGAUGAUAAUGUUAGGAAUUUUGCUAGUGGUCGUGGCUUCCAUAACGCUACUAUAUACCCUGUCCUAUUUGCAGCAGGUAAUCCCUCUUGCUGAGGACGCUCUUGUUCCAGCGGACAAUGUUCACGGUAUGGCUGAUGUCUUGUUCACGACGGCAGCGCACAACCGAGAUAAGCUAUUUGCAGUAAAACUGCCUGGCCUUAUUACCACAACGACAAAAGACGUCGUGCCAGACGGAGAAGAUAUCCAAAAUCCUGAAGAAAUAUUGGAAACUAACAUAUUGAGUCCGAUAACGUUAACAACGUCUGGAGAAGAAGAAGUAAAAAACGACUUGACAGUCAAAUUGCCGUCGGUCCCUACGCUGGCGACCAGCAGGUCUCUGAACAGUGACAUCGUGACAAUAUUAAAACGGAGCGAUAAUUUUGUAGUCGAACCUUUGAUUACUAAAAACGUAAUCUUGCCACUAGUCGUUGGUGAAAAUAUGACGAAUAAAAAUCUACGUUCGAUCGACUAUAGCGAAAAUAACACGACCGUUGACAACGAAAAUGAAAAAGACCAAGACACCGAAGACACAGCGAAAAAUCAAACGAACGAAAGGUACGAAAAUCGCUGUUUAAUCGAGUCUUCUCCAUAUACUUGUUUGCCUUAACCUUGUGCACCAAAUUAUCAUUCAAAAACAAAUUUAUAACGUGAUUUUCAAACUUAAUAAAAUUCUAUCUGACAUUUUAUGGAGUUUGUAAUUCUCUAAAAACUUUUAAAACUGUUACCCCCUACCUAUAAACAAUAUACAUCAUAAUAUAACGAUUGAUAUUUACUGUACGAGUAAACAUGUGAUUAUCAUUUAAAUAUAGUUGUUUAUCUUUGUUAAUAGGCAAUUUACCAAGCACAGACAACUAAAUUACGAAAAUUACACGAAUAUAGAAGCAGCUAAAUUGGUAGUCGAAGAAGAUGUUUCGUCUGGUUAUCAAAGUUCAUACGAACAGAAUUACAACCUCGAUGAUUACGUCUACAGAAAACAAGAAAAUCCAGCUGUCGGAACUGGAUGGACCAAAGAUCAACGUUCCGAAACUACGGACGGUAGCAGUAAUAAUUGGGAUUCGUCUGCACAUGAAAACGGGAACAACAGACAGUCAGUUCGACCACCGCCAAGUGCUCUGAGUAAAUAUCCCAAAUCUGAAAUAGAAGUACACAAAGAGUUUAAAAUUGAUUGGCAAAGAAUUGGAAUACUGGCGCUAAUUAAACUUGGACUGACCAAACUGCAGGCAGUAGGUUUUCUCAAGAUGGUAUUUUUACUUUUAUUUAAAUUCAAGUUGUACCUGGUAGCUAUUUUUUUCAAAUUCGUAUUAUUCUUAAAGCUCAUCAAGUCGUUCAAUAUAAUGUUGAUACCCUUCUUUUUUUUCAAAUUUUUACCAACAUUAAUAAAUCUUUUUUAUUAUACGAUUGGACAAAUAUAUCGGACACCUCAAAUGCAACAAACGCAACAAAUGCAGCAACUAAUGAAACAAAUGGAAAGACUGGGACAAUUACCAUCAAACGCAGGAAUUGUUCCAGUAUUCAACCCGGAAACCGACCAAGAUUUCGUUUCAGCCAUAAAUCCAGGAAUCGUCCAGAGACCCUCCUCGGUAAUUAGUCGACCUGGUGUUUUAAGACCGUCUGGAAUGAUUACUAGAAAUCGUUUUCCCGGUGAAACAAUCACAACAUUAGUUCCCGGUGGAAUUGUACCAACAGGGGGCAUAUCAGGUGAAACAGUUGUCAACCGUAUUCCCAGUGGUAGCUUAAUGUUGCCGUCACUUAGACUUAACAGUAUAAUCAAUGGCCAAGAAAGCUCUGCAUUGGAAUUGUAUCAUCCUAUAUUUGGAGUAUUCCGAAGAGUGUUAGAUUCGGAAAAAUGCGUGGAAAGAAUAGCUUGCCGAAUUGCUGUGGUGGAGAAAACCGGUAUGAUGCCCUUCUGGAUUGAUUGGUAAGCACUGAAAAUUCAUAUUGAAAAUCAUUAUAAAAAAAAAAUAUUAACACAUAGUACGAUUUCCUUACGAAAUCGAUUAGUUGAAUUUUUAAUAAAACUGGGCUAUUAUAUUAUGAUAUACCUAUGAACUAUUUGUUGUUGUGUAUUAUUUAUUUUUGUUUUAACCAUAUGUUAUAAUAAUAAUUGAUAUAUUUGUCAGGAUAAUGCACAGAGUGUCAACAUUGAUUCCUAACGACAAACUAGAAACGUAUCUCAAAACUUACAAAGACGUGAAUCAUACAUUUCAUACCAAUUCAAUGACUCCAGACAGUUGGGCAACUUGGUGCUUAGAGCGUUAUGAAUGUAAUGGUGACGAUGCUUCGAUAAAUAAUGUGGCCGAUACAUAUCAACCAUUUUAAUUAUACGUAUUGAAUAAAUAAAUAAUUAUGUAGGUAG